AUGAAGGCUGUCGGGUCGUUGGUCAUGACGGCGCUCGCGGCGCAGACGGCGGCGGACCACUUGACGGUCGGUGACGCCAAGUGGACGGCGCCGACGUCCAUGGACAAGUACGUCAAGCUGCUGCACAAGGACACGGACGCGUUCGUCGCCGACGUGGCGGCGUGGGUCUCGCGCGUUGCGGACGACAAGAUCGAGACGGACGCGUCCUUUGCGGUUCGCACGGACGGCCGCGAGUGGAGCGAGUCGUGUGGCGACCUCUCGGCGCACAAGGCAUUCCAUGUGCUCGAGAGCUUUGUCGACGCGCCGGCGUCGGCGGCGUUGAGCCUCAAGCAGGCGACGCCGCUCGAGUGGCGCCCCGAAGACGACUGCGUUGCGCAGCGCGACUUUGAGUCGCUCGACGGCGGGUCCCAUGCCGAAUUCAGCGUCCACUGCGGCAAGGAACGUCUCGUGCACGCGAUCAGCGGCGGCAGCGGCUUUUACGCGCCGCGCGGUCGCCACGGCGACAAGUACGUGGGUGGCGCCAAGGCCGCGGUCGUCGUCGGCGAUGACAUUGAGCUCUCUGGUGUGCUGUACGCCGGCAAGCGCUUCAAGGGCAAGAUGGAGACCUUCCAUGUGCCCAAGCACGCCGACAAGGUCGUCGACGACCUCCACAAGGCCAUUCGCCGCUGCGCACGGGACGGGGACCUCGUCGUCUCGGGUGUUGUCGGCGGCGGCUGGACGCAGCGCUACACCAACAAGAAAGGCAAGCACGUCAAGAGCGAAGCCAAGCCAACGAAGGAAGUCAAGCCCACGGAAGUGGUCGAGACCACCAAGGCUCCGCAUGCCCCUUCCAAGGGCGUGAGCGUCGACAAGUCGGUGCUCGUGGCGGCCAACGCGACCUCUUCUGCUCCUUCCAACGCCACGCACGUCGUUCUCCCGUCGAACGCGACGGCUCCGGUCGCAACGACGUUGGCUGUUGUCAACACGACGAGUGCGAUCAACACGACGACUUUGACGAACGCGUCUUCGGCCGGCUCGGCGGACGGCUUUGCCGCCAUCACGGCGUCGCUCUCGGACCUCUCGGCGCACAUCUCGCUGGCCUACUACGAGGCGGGUCUCGAGUGCGCGACCCGCGAGUCCGACUCGGUGUGCCAAUCGGCGCGCGUCGCAGCCAAGCUGAACACCAAGCUCGUGAGCCUCAACGCAUACGAGACGCUCGACAUGUCGGCGGUCUAUGGCAACCGCCUCACGACGUCGUGGGGUCCGUCAUCCUUUGAUGCGAUGGCCGUCGCGGCCGUCGGUGCUGUCUGCGUCACGGCCUUUGUGGCCCUGCGCACGCAGCAGCGCCGCGCCGGCUACAUGGGUAUCCCGCAGCAAGACGCUGCCGCCGCGCCGACGUCGACGUGGCCGAGCUACGUCUAAGCCGUCACACCAUAAGCUGCACUAAGAACUGCGUUUUUGAUGUUGUCCUCAACGGUGAUGAACCAAACUGCC